UGAAGGCUUACAUUGCUGUCUUUGUCUGCAUGGCAACGAAGGCGGUACACUUGGAGUUAGUCUCGGACAUGUCGAGCGAGACUUUCCUUGCUGCAUUUCAUCGAUUUACUAGUCGACGCGGCUUGAGCAAGGAAAUCUUUUCGGACAAUGGAUGUAAUUUCAAGGGGGCUAGUUCGGAACUACAUGAGCUGUACCAACUAUUUCAAAACCGAACGACCGUCGACGACAUCGAGAAAUAUUGUCAGCCAAGGGAGAUCGUGUGGCAUUUCAUCCCACCCAAAGCGCCAAAUUUUGGAGGUCUUUGGGAGGCAGCCGUCAAGAGCACUAAGUACCAUCUAAAACGAACGCUCAAGGACGCUAAACUGACAUUCGAGGAGUUUGCAACGGUCCUGACUCAAGUGGAAGCUAUCCUAAAUUCGCGACCGCUGUUUGCGAUCUCCGCUGAUCCCUCAGAUCCAGAAGUCAUCACGUCCGGCCAUUUUCUUGUUGGUCGUCCUCUGAUUGCUACCCCCGAGCCAACCUACGACAGUACUCCGAUGAAUAGACUGUCUCGGUGGCAAUACUUGCAACAACUGAGGGAGUAGUUUUGGAAGCAGUGGA